CUUAGAAAUCACUUAUUGAAAGCUAUUAUACAAUGACAACAAACAUCUCGGAAAGUGCCCAAAAACUUUCUCUUGUAGACACUAUGUACGUGGAUGAGAUUACUGGCUCUGAUGAUACCGGUAAAGGUUCUGAAACUGCUCCCUUUAAGACUGUAUUGAAAGCCCUCGAAACCGCUGGUGAGACCGCUAAAGUUCUCGUCAAGAAAGAUGCCGACGGUUACAAGGAUGCCUCAGGCGCUGCUAUCAAAAAGGCAAAGAAGACAAUUGCUGAGCAACUCAAGAAACGUCAGAAGCAGGAAGAACAAAAGAAGAAGCAAGAAGCUGAACUAAAAAAGAAGGUCGAAGAAGAGGCCAAGGCUAUUGAAUAUGCCAAGUCCGUUGUCUUGGUUGAAGAUAACAGUCUUCCCAAGGCCCAAAAGAUCAAGGUUAAGCAGAGUAUUGAGUCCAGAGGAAAACGUGUGAAGGUUUCUGGUUGGGUUCAUCGCCUUCGUGUCCAGGGUAAGGACAUGAUGUUCGUUGUUCUCCGUGAUGGUACUGGCUACCUCCAGUGCGUUCUCACAGGAAAAUUAUGCCACAACUACGAUGCUAUCACCUUGUCCGUUGAGUCUACAAUAACUGUCUACGGUGUCAUCAACGCUCUCCCUGAAGGAAAAACCGCUCCAGAUAACCAUGAAUUGGUUGUUGACUUCUGGGAAGUUGUUGGUAAAGCCCCCAGUGGUGAUGACGCUUUCAACAACAAGGUCACUCAGGAUGCCGAUCCCUCUUUCCUCUUGGAUAGUCGUCACCUUGUCAUCCGUGGUGAGACUCAGUCUGCUGUUCUGAAGGCUAGAGCUCAGGUUAUCAAAGCUUUCCGUGCCCAUUACGACUCACGUGGAUAUACUGAAGUUACUCCCCCUUGUAUGGUCCAGACUCAGGUUGAAGGUGGCUCUACCUUGUUCGAAUUCAACUACUACGGAGAGAAGGCAUACUUGACCCAGUCUUCCCAGCUCUACCUCGAGACCUGUUUACCUUCGCUUGGUGAUGUUUUCUGCCUGGCCGAGUCUUACCGUGCCGAGAAGUCCCAUACUCGUAGACAUUUGUCUGAGUACUCUCAUUUGGAAGCUGAAAUGGCUUUCUUGUCAUUUGAUGAUCUUCUUGAGAGCCUUGAAGACCUCCUGUGUGAUACUAUUGAGCGUGUGAUGGCUGAUGAACCUACUCGCAAGUUGGUUGAACAGCUUAACCCCAACUUCAAGAUGCCAGAGCGACCUUUUAUGCGUAUGAAGUACGCAGAUGCCAUUGAAUACCUCCGUGCUAAUGAUAUCAAGAAGGAGGAUGGCAGCUACUAUGUGUUCGGCGAGGAUAUUCCUGAAGCCCCCGAACGUGCCAUGACUGACAAAAUCAAUCGCCCUAUCUUUUUGACUCAUUUCCCCGCCGAAAUCAAGGCAUUCUACAUGCAAAAGGUGCCCGGAGAUCGCAGAGUCACUGAAAGUGUCGAUGUACUGAUGCCUAACGUCGGUGAAAUUGUUGGUGGUAGUAUGAGAAUGGACAACAGAGAAGAGCUUUUAGAGGCAUAUAACAAAGCAGGAAUUGACCCUACCCCUUACUACUGGUACACUGACCAGCGUAAGUACGGAACCACACCUCAUGGUGGUUAUGGUCUUGGUGUUGAACGUUUCCUUGCAUGGCUCCUCAACCGCCACACUGUCCGUGAUUGUUCUCUCUACCCCCGUUUCACUGGAAGAUGCACACCCUAAAUUCGAUAUUUUGUUUUAUGAUACUAUAGCUAAUAAUUACUUAAAAAAGAAUAUACAUCUAAUAAACCAGCAUAUUUUUUUUGUAUUAAAUUCAAUAUAUUAUACUGUGAUAUAGAAAACCUUAUUAUUAAUUACAUAAUUAAAGCAUAUGUAUAUAAAUGAAUGUCUGGCUUGG